AUGCAACAAAAUAACAAUUUUUUCAUUAUUGAAGAUAAUCCUAAACGACCUAGAGCAGUUCCUAAGGCGAAACGUGCGAAAAGUGCUUGUACCUCAUGUCGUAAGUCUAAAAAGAGAUGUGUUAGAAAUAUAUCUGGUAAAAACCGGUGUGAAAGAUGCGAAAAACAUGGGAAGGAAUGCAUUUAUGCAACUGGAUGCCGACCACGAAUCUCCAGACGUAGUAACGGAAGUAGUAAUGGUAAUCCAGCGAUAACCGGUCAAGCCGAUUUGCAAUCCGACCAUAAUGAUAUCGGCGUAAUUGAUUUUUCCGACCAAUAUCUGGACAUGUUUACGUACCACUACAUGUGUCCGUAUCUUUAA